AUGAUUGACCUCUCUGCCUCAGGCUCCCCCAACGUUGCCUGGACCCGUCCUGGAGCAGUUGUCCUCUUGCGAGGUGGUCAGCUGUACAAGGCGGCUCCAGUAGCACCGCACCAAUGGGUACGACAAUCUGGUGAAGGUCUUGAAGCAGGUCUUCUGAAGCGGCUGGAGGCAUCGGCGCAGGAGAUCUAUGUCGCUGCAGGCCCUCGUGCGUGGUGCCCGCGGCUCUUCCUCUUCGGCAGCGAGGGAGUUUGGGCCUCCACGGUCCAAGAGCUUGUGGCGCAGCGGCACGUGCCGUGGCUGAGCUCGGCCGAGAAAGGUGGGUGA